AUGGCUCUUGGCCGCAGGGAAUGCCACUUACAGCUGCCCAGCCACACCUGGAAACUCACCCGCCGCCCGCACUCGUCAGCACCAGCCGGCCACCCCGCUUCCACUGCUGCGGCUCAACUCGUCAUGGCCAGCCAACUGCGCCAAGCUGAGGAGCUCUUCCAUCCUCACUCCCUCGACACCAACCAGCUUGCUUCUUGUUCCAUUCACCCUCCCGAGACUCACGACGAUACGAUCCCAACGCGGACGACGCGCUUCAUUUCUCUUGCAGGCCUCGUGCUCCUUUCUCUGGCCACGAUCCCGCUUUCUUUGGCCCUUGUCAAUUCCGCCAUUUCCAGCGCCAAAGCUGCUAGAGCUUCUUACGCGAUGGCUUCCCUCAACCUUUCAAUAAACGGCCCAUCCAUCAAGAAGGAGUACAGCUCGGUAGUCGACGCUGCCCUGCCUGCUUCUGGCUCACCCACAUCUGCUAAAUGGGCUCUCUUCUCUGUCCAGACGCCUCUUGUCAGCGUGUUUGAGUCUUCCGGAAGCAACGAAAGCGUGCUGAAGGUAGAGAGCACUGGCGGUAAGGAACUCCCGACAGUCCGACAAACCCGGACCACGUCUACGUCCAUGCUAACAGACGCCUCUGCAGAGGGCGAACUCAGCGAACUCUUCGAAGACUUUAGUGAGGGCCGCGUCCAAUUUGGCUUCGUCAAGGUCAAGGACCCCAAUUCCGGCCUGCCCAAGCACGUCCUCAUUGCCUGGUGUGGCGGCGGCGUCCCCGAGCGAACGAAAGGCUACUUCACCAGCCACCUCAACGCCGUCUCCAAGGUCCUCCACGGAUAUCAUGUCCAGAUAACUGCUCGAUCCGACGACGAUCUCGAACCCGAUGCUCUCAUCCGCAAGGUCGCCGAUGCCUCCGGGUCCAAGUAUGCUGGGAGUCCCGCCACUGGCGCUUCCCGAGCCCCUCCUCCCAUCAAGUCCAAACCAGUCUUUUCACCCUCCAAUGUGAGCGCAGGCCGCCCCGUGAAUCCUCUCGUCGCUGCUCGCUCGCGCAGAAACGAGGAUGUUGACGGCGACGGCUGGGGUGCCGAUGCACCGCCCGUGACAAGAAACCAAGUCGAAAGGGUUGAGUCCGCCUACAAGCCUACUAAGGUUGACAUGCCCAGUCUCUCUCGCCAGAGCGAACCCUCCCGAUACACUCCUGCUACCCCUCAGCAGAAUAGAGACGUUGUUGGCGGCGGUUACCAGCCCGUUGGCAAAGUGGACAUUGCCGCCAUUCGCGCAAAGGCCAAGGAGCAGCGUGAUGACCGUCCCACUGCCGUCAAGGGCGCAUAUGAGCCUAUCGGCAAGGUAGACAUUGCUGCAAUCCGCGCAAGGGCCCAAAAGCCUGCAUCUGAGCAGCCUGCUGAGGAGGAGGCUCCGAAGCCUCUUGCUGACCGCGCCGCUGCCUUUUCGCAGCCAUCCCAGUCUGAAAGACUAACAUCACUCCCCAAGCCCAAGGUUUCCAACAAGUUUGGUGGUGGUGGCUUCUCAGCCACCAAGGCACCCGUACCCGGUGCCCUUGGUCUACAAGGCCCCGUUGCCAAUGCAUCUUCUGCGCCUGUCACCACCACUAGCCGCACCUUUGCCAACGAAGGCGGCAAGACUCCCGCCCAGCUCUGGGCUGAAAAGAAGGCACGCGAAGGCGGUAUUGGCGCUGGAGUAGCUCCUUCAUCCCCCCCACCCAUUAACCAGCAACAGAGCGGAGGCAAUGAGUGGAAGAGCGGAUACGCUGGCAAGUCUUGGGCGGCGGUACAGACGCCCGCCUUUGGACGCGGCGGUGCUGAAACUGUGCGUGAAAAUGACCAGGCCAUUGAAGAAGAUGAGCAAACUCGCAGCGCUCAAGACGAGCCAUCUGGAGGUGUCUCGGCCAUACGCGAUCGUUUCAAAGGCGCCACACCUAUGGGCGGAGCGCCGCCCGUUCCUGGCGCCACCCGUGAACACAGAGACGAGGAAGAAGAGGAGGAGCCUGCGGCACCCCCUCCGCCUCCUACAGGCUCUCGGCCAUCCGGUGGAUUUGCUCUGCCCGGCCUACCCACUCGCCCGGCACCUGUCAAUGACGAAGAGGAGGAAGAAGAUGAGCGUGAACAGUCUCCCAUCCGGGUCGCGCAGCCUGUCGCCCGUGAAGCUGAACCAGUCCGCGCUCCCGCACCUCCGCCUGCUGCCGUCCCCAUGCCUCGCGAGCCUACGCCUGAACCGGAGUCCGAGCCGGAGCCCACACCAGCGCCUCGUCCUGUUCCCGCCUCUCACCAGGGUCCUCCUCCUUCUGCUCCUGCGCCUGCGGCCGGCGGAGCUUCGCAACGCGCCGUUAUUCUGUACGACUACGACAAGGACGAAGACAAUGAAAUUAACCUGGUCGAGGGCGAAAUCGUCGCAGAUGUUGACCAGGUCGACCCCGACUGGUGGAUAGGCACCAACAAGCAUGGCGAGAACGGCCUUUUCCCGAGCAGCUACGUUGAGCUCAUCGAAGACGCUGAAGCUGAAACUAGUGCUGCGGUCCCGCCCCCGAGCGCCCCCGCUCGCGCUGCUGCUCCCGUGCCAACGCCAGCUCCUGCUGCCCCUGCGCCGGCUGCCGCUUCAUCCGGACCUACCGCCACCGCUCUGUAUGACUAUGAAGCCGCCGAAGACAAUGAACUUUCCUUCCCCGAGGACGCACAGGUCACAAACCUCGAGUUCCCAGACGAUGACUGGUGGUUUGGUCACUACAAGGGCGACUCGGGCCUCUUCCCUGCCAACUAUGUGCAGUUGAACCAGUAG